GUGUCGAGAGGAAGGAAACGACGAGAGAAUCUGAGAGGAGGAGGAGGCUUGGGAAGCAUCGGGUGACGACGGAGUUAUCCUGAGAUGCAUCGAGCAAUGGCAGAGCAUCCAUUAGGAUCUUCAUUCCAAUGUGCAACACUAGCCACUGACGAUUUCGACGUACGCGUGCAGUUCAACGAUGUAGCACGGUUUCUCACGGAACGACCUGUUGAUGAAGUAUGGGGUGGUUCUUCCUCGCCAGUAUUUUGUUGCUCUCUUUAUGCGCGGCGGGAGCGCCGGUGCCACAGAGUGGAAGUGCUGGGAGCCACGGUCAACCGCAGGCCGGUUCGUCGCCGAGCACCCCGGGCCCCGGCGGCGGUGGUUCUACCGGUGGUGCUGCCGGAAGCGGCAGCGGCGGCGGCGGCGGUGGUAGCGGUGGUGGCGGUGGUGCUACCGGUUUCUCCACCGGCGCUGUCGGAGCUGCCACUUUCGGUGUCGGUGUUACUGGAGGGUCGACCGGCGGUGGAGCCGGCGGCGGUGCCGCAGCUUCCGGGACCGGUACAACGGGCUGGGCCAAUCCCAAAGGGACCCCGCAGCGUCGAGGUCGAGGAUGGCGCGAUUGGCGUCGCGGCGAUCCCACUCUCAUCAAGGGCCUGUGGAAGUCAAAGGGUCCUCUAGAUUCGCUAGGACAGGCGGAGAUCUACAUCAUCGUCGCGCUGCUGAUCGGCUUCUUCACCGUGGUGAUCGGCUGCUGGCUGUCCGAUAAUUGCUGGUCUCCCGAGCCGGAGGGGGUGGUCACUCUCGCAUAG